GGGGUACACCCUUGAUAGGUUGCCAAACCAUCACAGGGCUGACACAUAGUGUCAGACACCUACAGGAAAUUUUAAGUCACCAGUUAACCUAACUUGCAUAUCUUUGGACUGUGGGAUGAAGCCUGAGAACCCAUUUUUACACGGAGAGAACAUGCAAUAUCUACAUACAAAGACACAAGCCGACCAGCAAGUUCAAACCUGAAACCCUUUUCCUGGGAGACAACAGUGCUAACCACUCCACUACCACACCGCCAAACUUCUACAAAAGUUAUAUUUUGUAAUUUUGGUGAACUGACCUGUUAAUCUAUUAUUUUUGACCAAAUACUGAUAACAAAUACUGUCACUUUGAAGGUCUCUGUUUUAUCCUCGCCAGCUUGGGUAAGUGUGUAACAUCAUGCAUUAUAAAAAUCAACAUAAUCAACAGUCUUAUAGUAGAUAAAUAAUGUCCCUAAGUCAAAAAUUAUUGGUAAACAAGAAUCUUGUUAUGACUGAUGUCUUCAAAAACUAAUUAAUACCCAUCAAGAUUUUCCUCCAUGUCCCAGCCUUUUCCUCAGCCUCUUCCCUCAGGCUGGUGUGUUACUAUAACAGCUUGGCUGAAAGUAGACUGGAGGAUGGGAGGUUUACUGUUUCAGAUAUUGAUCCAAACAAGUGUACCCAUCUGAUCUACGCCUUUUCUGACAUCAACAACCAACACAUGCUGGUCCCAAGCAGAGCAACCGACAUACAACGUUAUCAGGCCUUUAAUGGACUCAAAAACAGAAAUCCACUGCUUAAAACUAUGUUGACGGUUGGUGGCUCAAACUUGAACACACAGAGAUUCAGUGCAAUGGUGGCAACACAACAAAACAGAGCAAAGUUUAUCAGGUCUGCUAUCACACUACUGAGAGCAAAUGGUUUCGAUGGGAUAAACCUUGACUGGCGGUACCCUGGAGGAGCUGGAAGCCGACCACAGGACAAGCAUAGAUUCACACUGCUGUGCAAGGAGCUCAAAGAGGCCUUUAUGGCUGAGGGAACAGCAGAUAACAGAUUACUGGUCACUGCUAGUGUCUCUGCUGAGAAAGCAAUCAUCGAUGCCAGUUAUGAAACAGCAGAGGACUCAGUGAGUCCUCCACAGACCAAAUAA